CAAUUUCGAAAGGAGCUAUUCCUUUGCAACGGCUGCAACCCCAGCGGCAACCUCAAGUUCUUUGGUUUCGAGGGCGUGAUCCAGCAUUACGCAGCCAAACACACCGGUGUCCUUAGUCUGGGCAAUGUUGUCGUGCAUUGGAGGGCGGAAUGGCCAGCGGUGCCUCCAUUCAGUCCUGAUCCACGAGCCAUAGAGCUUGGUCAGUACGGGAAGUCUUCAUCGCACUCGCUCCCGCAGACAGGUGCCACGGCCCAACAAGGAUUUGCUGGCUAUCAACCAGCUCCGCCAGCGGGUUAUGGUCCCCCUGGCUACAGCGCACCGUUCCCAGCACCACCGCUGCAUUACAGCUCUGGUCCGCCUGUCCCUGUGCCACCAACAGACUAUGGCGGUGUUGGGCCUCAUGCUUAUGGAGCACCCUACUCGUCUGCAGCCUAUCCGGACAGUAUGACAUAUUCUUCCUAUCCUCCACAGUUCUCUUCGGAGGCGGCAUAUGGCUCCCAUGGCCAAACAAAUGCCUACGUCGAACCACACACAUCGGGGCCAGCUUCCUAUGACUACGGGUCAUACCCCAACCUCCAAGGCGCCUUUGAUUCUGGACGGGCAAAGGUUCCGUAUAAGACACGACUUAAUGCCAUGGCUAAGAUUGCUAAGGAUACUUGGUUCAAAUUGGGGGGUGUGAAGAAGCUACACCCCUCCAUCAAGGUAUCUACAGUUAUUCAUCGUAUAGCCAAGAAGUUCCAGAAAGACUACGAUGAAGCAGCAUCUCUAUCAAUGUUCGCAGAGGCUUUGUCCAGUCACAAGGACAUGCGCGCAGUUCGGGUUGCCAACGACAUCUCGUGCAAGGCGUGCACCAGCAGGCGCGCAUUCACCUUGGUCAACCUUGUCACGCAUUUCAUGGCACAGCACGUUGAAGGCCCUGAAGCUCAGGGACUGGCACCCAUGGACUGGCGAGUGGACAUGGUUUCGCUUCCAAACGAAGCCUGCUUGGCCAAGGUGAAGCGUAAGCUACAGAAUAACCAAGCCGCGCAUGCCGCUGUGGAGGAUGCGAUUCCAUGGGCAUUCGAGAAGUCGUUUAUAGACAGAUUCCUCCAGCAAGGCUCUUCGGAGGAGGAGCUGGAGACCACCCCAGUCGUGAAGCCGGGCGGUAAGCCAGACAAGAAUCCAGCUGGGGCAUCAGGGGGCCAUGGUACACAGCAGAGUCAAACGCACAAAGCUCCCGAGGCCAAUGGUCGACCUCAACAACAACUCGAGCAUCGUCCAGGGCCUCAGUCUUCCGCGGAGAAAGCACCAGGCACCAGUCAACCCCUACCCCGGGCUCAACCCCAGGCACAAGCGUACGACAAGGCCACAGAAGACAUACCACAUCUCCGGCCUGCCAGCGAAGUUUACGGUGGCCACAAGAAAAGACGUGCUGUUGCAGUUCAGGGGCAACCUACAACUGGCAUCUCCGCACAAGAGAGGCCUCUAUCUGAUCGUCAACCAGCAUCGGAAUCUGAAUCUGCCAAGCGAACCGAGCGAACCGAGCGAAGAGAAGUCAAGGUCAAGGCAGAAGAUGAGUCAAACAACACACCAUCUACAUCCGCCCGACCUCGAAACCCGACACAUUGGCGCGAUGAGCGUUCGCACGACUAUCGCGAUGCUCGAGAACACCGCUACUCUAUCGCUGAGGCGUCUGGGCCACGCGACAGGAGCGCUUCAGUUGGAAACCGACCUCAGGAAUAUCGGCCUCCUAUUGACGCUCCGGUGAACGCAGCAUCUGGAUUCAUUGAGGCUCGCAGGGGCAGCAGACAGGAUCGGCCUGCCCUCGAGAAUCAUGGCCAUGCGAUUGAGGAGGAAGUUGUCUACGUCGACGAAUCGGGACGCGAAAUAGGCCGAGGGAUGAGAGCCCGAGAUACCCUGCCUCAGGAGACCAGAUACGGCGUACCUGAUGGCCGUGUCUUUGAGGAUCAUCGCUACGCUCCCUCUGGCUGGUAUGAGGGCCAUGAUCCAGCACGUUUUCGAACUCGCAGUCCUCUCCCACAAUAUGGGCAACCUGUACAUCACUAUGAGGCAGAGCAUGCGCCUCACCGCGUUUACUACGACUAUCAUGACCACCGUGCAACAGUAGGCCCCGGGGCCUAUGAAUACGUCGAGGUCCGAAGUCAAUACGGCGACUACUUCAUCAGGCGACCAGUUCAACAUGACGAGAGAGACUUCUAUACCUACGACACUCGACCUCCUAUGAGGGAGCAGAGCGCCUACCCAGCUCCCCGAGCUGCGGAAGGGCACUUGAACAGCCGUUACGCUGCUGAUCCUCGAGCAUCUGUCGCCCCAGGUCGUGCUGCGGCCAGGCCCGAGUUUGACGACUACGAUCCACGAUAUCCUUCGCCGGGCAAGGAAGAGGAUGCAUAUCAAGGGAAUCAGAGAUGA